UUGUUGGUUGAGUGAGUGCUGCAUGGCCUCGACUCGACGUAGCGUAGAUCCCGUUCAAGAUUUGUCUAUAAGACUAAAAUUCAUGUGCAAUAUUAACCGUGGUAUAAUUCGUAAUGGUGUUCUCUAAAAGGCCAUGGAUUUGAUGAAAACGGAAUAUGAGUUCCUAGACUUGUCAGAUGUGAAAGAAGCGGAACUGAGCAGUUUGCAGUGUGCCCUUUACCAGCGGAAGACGGAGUCUUCGAGCUACGGUUGGACCGAGCCUGCCAUUGACCUGUCCUCGUGCUCCUCGUCGACCUUGGGACCCCGCACGGUGUCGAGCAGCCUGGACAGCCUGUCGGGCGGCGAGUGCGAGAUGGCGCCCCACUCGCCGCAACGCGCGCCGCCGCCGCCGCCGUACGCGCAGCCGCCGCCCGCCUACCCGCAACAGUGGCCCGUGGCACCACCCAACGUUUACGUCAGUCAGGUGACGGCCAACGUGAACGUGCACGGCUACAUGGGCCAGUACUACCAGCCGCCGCAGCCGCAGUACGCGCCGCCGCCGCAGGUGGAGCGGGCGCCGCGCGCGCACCGCCGCGACCGGCGCGGCAAGCGCCCCCUCGCCCCCGCCCCCGCCCCCGCAGCCGCCCUACUACGUGCAGUACCCGCAGUACUACCCCGCCGCGCAGGCGCAGGGCGCGCCGCUCUACCACCUGCCCGUCUACCAGCCGCUCGUCUACGGGCCCUACGCCUACCCGCCCUACUACCAGGAGUACCAGAUCCCGGUCGAAGGCGAGGACAAACCCGAUGAAUACCAGCAGGAAGUCGUCAUGGAGCAGGAGGCCGUCGACGCCUACUACGCCGGCGCACACUACGCGCCCCCGUACGGCCCGCCCGUCGACGGCGGCGUCGAGUACAUGCCCCCCAUGUACCUCCCGCCGC